CCGGGCCGGGCCCACAGGCCGGUCUCGGCCUCCCGCAGGCCGAGCAGUCGGGUCCGGGAUGCGGCCGGGGCCCAGCCGGGACCUCGCUGGCCGCCGCGCGGGGAGACGCGCGGCUCGGGCCCUCGGGUCUGCCCCUCUCCGCGCGCUGCCUGCCCGCGGGGCCAGCUCCGCCGAGCGCGCCCGCCUGGGGUGGGGAGGAGACCCGGGACGCGCCGAGGGCCGGCCCGGUAGGCCCUCGCCCGCUCUCCCUCGGAUCCAAGGAAGACCCUUCCUUGUAUUGAUUGAUGUUCUGACUCCCCCUCAGCUUCCAAAAUGAUGCUGAGUCCGGACCAAGCCGCCGACUCGGACCACCCCAGCUCGGCGCACUCGGACCCGGAGUCGUUGGGCGGCGCGGAGGCCAAGGUGCUGGGCAGCGUGUCGGACCUGGAGCCGGUGGAGGAGGCCGAGGGCGACGGCAAGGGCGGCAGCCGGGCCGCGCUCUACCCGCACCCGCAGCAGCUGAGCCGCGAGGAGAAGCGCCGCCGCCGGCGCGCCACCGCCAAGUACCGCUCGGCCCACGCCACCCGCGAGCGCAUCCGCGUGGAGGCCUUCAACUUGGCCUUCGCCGAGCUCCGCAAACUGCUGCCCACGCUGCCCCCGGACAAGAAGCUCUCCAAGAUCGAGAUCCUGCGCCUGGCCAUCUGCUACAUCUCCUAUCUCAACCACGUCCUGGACGUGUAGGGCCGCGGGCGCGGCGGGAGGCCGCCUGUCCGGAAGCCGGGGGAGCGCCACCGGCCCCGGGGGGCAGCCGCAGGGCUGGUGGACGAGAGGGCCGCCCAGCCGGACAGCCGCUGCGAGAGGCCUGGACGCGGGAGGAAGCUUGCCACGCGUUCGAGCUCUCUCCGGUCAGCGGGGAGUCGAGGGAAGGUUUCCAACUCGGGAAGGUGGGGUUGUCUGGCGAGCCCCCGGGUUUGCAGGGGGCAUUAUUCCAGGCGAGCCUCCCCGAGGCACCCGCAACGCACAGCCUCCAAACCUCCCCUCCGUGUGUUAGGAUCCCUUUAAGGGUGGUUGCUUUAGCUCACUGGAGGCUUUGAGUUCUCCAUUUAUCUCCCACAGAUCUUCACGUUUUGAAAGAAUGAGGGCAGGAGCUCAGAAGCUCAGAGUAAAGCCUCCUAACUUUAGACUAUCUGGGAUUUUUCUAAUUGACAAAUCACCUAACAUUUGGAGGGGGUGGGAGGGACUCUCCUCCAGUGUAGAGAUUUAAGGCACAGAACGGUGGAACAGGAAAGUUUCCAUUCUGCUGUGGAAGGGAAGAUUAUAUUGGGAUCCAAAUAAAAUAGACAAACCCUGAAUAUUGGUAAGCUUAAAAGAUAAAGAACAGACACACUGUGGGAAGAUUUGAUCUUGGUGAGAUUUUAACCCCAAGGUAGGACACUGAUGUAGACAGGAGAAUCCAUAUUUAAAUGGAAAUUUUAAUAUCUGAUUGCUUUUUCAGGCGAAGUGCCCCUUUAUAUAUCCAAAAACAUCUAUUUGUGACCUUAAACAUGUGGACCCAUAGGUACAGUUAGCAAAAGACAACCUAUUUUUAUUUAUGUUAGAAGGAGUAGAGUAUUUUUUUCAAGACAUUUAUUUUUCAGAGUGGUGAUAAUUUUACUUUGGAUACUCUGUGCCAAUUUAUUUAUAGUCAAGUGUUUACAAUUUUUCCUGUGGAAUAAUUAUGUCUAACUUUUUAUGUGUCUGUUGAGAUUAUACUGUGGUCUUUCUUUUUUGCUCUAAUUAUAUUGCACUUGUAUAACAAAUUUCCCACUUCUCCCUGUUUCUAAACAUAUUUUAUAUAUUAAGAUGUUUGUUCUUGAAAAGGUUCUUUUGUUGUGAGAUCAGCAACAUUAGCACUUCACUAUUAUAGUUUUUUAAAAAAAAGUAAGUGUUGUUAUUCUUAUGUGUAGUUAUGUCUGAAAAGUACUUUACAAACUGUUUAUAAGGACAGUAGCUUCUUUGUGUGUGUGUGUGUGUGUGUGUGUGUGUGCUGUUUGUGCGUGGGAUGAUUUUAGGAAAUUAAGUUAUUUUCCUAAAAAAAAAAAAAAAGAUUUCAAAACUACUUUCCUCUGUGACAACCAAAAAGAAAAGUCUAUAACCUGAAAAUGUUUCAUGUUCUCAGCUGUGAAACUCUUAAAACAAGGAGUGUAUUUUAGAGACAAGGGAAAAAAAAAACCACACAUCUGCUAUCCAAAGAUUUUAGUCUUUUUCAGGGUUUUUUUGUGUCUCUGUUGCUUUAUAUAAUGCAAUAUUUUGUAGUGAAAAUAGAUAUAACCUGGUUUCUAUCUGACGAGUUUUUCAUAUCUCAUGAAUGGUGCGCUGUUUUGCAUAUAAAUA